GCGUUAUGACGGAUGUUCACGACGCGGUUCUGUCUCGGAUGGUCGGCGGCGCCAGGGUUUAGGAGCCGUUGCUGUGGACGAAGAGACUGGAACGUGAGCGACCAUUGAGGGCGGCCAGGUUGUCAGUGAGCCCCCCUCCCCCCAUCUGCUCGGUGUGCGGGAUGAGCUUCGAGGGACUGAGCUUCGAUGGAGGACCACAUGACGGGGCACAAAAAGGUGAAGCGUUAUGAAUGCGAUGUGUGUGGCAAGGCCUGGCAUAGCCCGAGCCAGCUGGAGACCCACCGGCGGGUGCACACGGGAGAACGCCCCUUCGACUGCUCGGUGUGCGGCAAGAGCUUCGCCAGCUACGGGAACCUACAGCAGCACAAGCGCGUGCACUCCGUCGAGAGGCCCUUCCCCUGCUCCAACUGCGGCAAGAGCUUCAAGACGGCGCAGGACCUGGAGGCCCACCAGCAGUUUCACACGGGAGAACACUCCUUAACCUGCUCCGACUGUGACAAGAGCUUCAAGACGGCGCAGGGCCUACAGGACCACUGGCGGGUGCACACAGAUGAGAAGCCCUACGGCUGCUCCACCUGCGGCAAGGGCUUUGCCGACUCGUCUAAGCUACAGCAACACCGGCGGGUGCACAGGCGCACCCACACUGGGAACCGGCCCUACACCUGCAGCGACUGUGGCAAUGGCUUCACCCGCCCCAGCAGCCUGCUGGAGCACCGGCGCAUCCACACUGGCGAGCGCCCCUACAUCUGUGCCCAGUGCGGCAAGGGCUUCAACAAGUCCAGCGGCCUGACAGAACACCGGCACAUUCACACCGGUGAGCGCCCCUUCAUCUGUGCCCAGUGCGGCAAGCGCUUCAACCAGUCCAGCAACCUACUGACCCACCAACGCACCCACUCCGGAGAGCGGCCCUACACCUGCAGCGACUGUGGCAAGGGCUUCACCCAGUCCAGCAGCCUGCUGGUGCACCAGCGCAUCCACUCCGGGGAGCGGCCCUACACCUGUGCCCAGUGCGGCAAGGGCUUCACCCAGUCCGGCAACCUGCGGGCCCACCAGAAGGUGCACAACUAAAAGGGUUUAGGAGCCGUUGCUGUGGAUGGAGAGACGGGGACGUGAGCAGCCAUUGAGGGCGGCCUGGGUGCCGGCGAGCCCCCCACCCCAUCUGCUCGGUGUGCGGGCUGAGCUUCGACGGGCUGACCUUCAAUGGAGG